GAAACAAAACGCGUGUAACUAGGAAAGCCCACCCGAUAAGUCACUUUGUCUGUUUUUCUCUCUCUAAGAUCCCAUCGCCAUCGCCAUCUUGCUCUGCAACUAAUUUGUUGAUUUCGUCGCUCCCCACACAAUAACAACUUCGCAAAGUUUACAAGAAAAAAAAUAUACAAAUCUAUUAGGAAGCCGACAGAUGUCUGGAAGUCUUUGAUUUAAUUGCUAAUAGCUAUUCAAAGUUCCAAUUGAGAUCGGAAUGAGAAGAUUACACUGUUAUUUUUGCUGAUUCAGAUGGCGUUCAACCUUCAUCAUAGUCUUCAUUUCAUUACUUUAUCCUAUCUUUUUUUGUUGUUAUGCUCUUGUUUCUCGAGCAUUUUCUGUAGCAGCGAUAAUGAUUUCCCUCCUGUUACGCCUAUCAAUCGUGAUCUCUACCGCACUAGUGACGCCUUAAUGGAAGAGAUAGAAGCAUUGGUUAACCGACACCAAGAUAGACUCCAUAUGGAGACAUUUCAAAGUACAAAUAAAGGCUACCAUGCUGAACUAAAUGUAGUUACAUAUUGCCGGAAUAGAACAGCCAUUGAAGACAAAUCAAAGUUUAGAAUACUUCUUAGUUUUGGGCAGCAUGCACGGGAGCUUAUUACAACCGAGCUUGCAUUAAGGAUCCUCUCCAUCUUAAGUGAAGAGCAAUUUUUACCUAAAAUGGAUCCACUGUUGCUGAACAAAACCCUUGAGAAGAUUGUUAUAAAGGUGGUGCCAAUGGAAAAUCUAAAUGGACGCAAAAAAGUCGAAGCGGGAGAUGUUUGUGAGAGAAGAAAUGGAAGAGGAGUUGAUCUCAAUCGGAAUUGGAGUGUAGAUUGGGGGAAAAAAGAGAAGGACUUUGAUCCUUAUGAAGAGAAUCCUGGAAUUGGCCCAUUUAGUGAACCUGAAGCUCAGCUAAUGCGAAAGCUCUCAACAUCAUUCGAACCACACAUUUGGGUCAAUGUACAUUCUGGAAUGGAGGCUCUUUUUAUGCCAUAUGAUCACAAAAACACAACUCCAUCUGGAGUGGAAUCACAGAAAAUGAGGCUGAUGCUUGAAACAUUAAACCACCUUCAUUGUGGAGAUCGUUGUGUGGUUGGAUCAGGUGGUGGAUCUGUUGGGUAUCUGGCACAUGGUACAACUACGGAUUACAUGUUUGAUGUGGCAAAGGUCCCCAUGGCUUUCACCUUCGAGAUUUAUGGAGAUGAAAAAGCAUCUUCAAGAGAUUGCUUCAAAAUGUUCAACCCUGUGGAUCAUCCCACAUUUAAUAGAGUUCUGAACGAAUGGUCAGCCACAUUCUUUACAAUGUUCAACAUGGGAGCACAUCAAAUGAAAGAUCCACAAGAAUCAACACCAUUUAACAUGGACCAUUUGAUCUCAAUAGAUGAUUAUUUAAAUGGAUAUUUAAUCGAGAGAAAAAAUAGAUAUGGUGAAAAGAAGGAAUUUCUGGACCUUGGUUUGCAAGAAAUCCGAACAUAUUUCAGGCUCUUUUUGCUAUCUUCAGUCAUGUUAAUGUUCAUGUUUUGUUCUAGAAUUGCAAAGAGUAAUAGAUCACAUUUGCCUUCAAUUUCUCUAUGAAAUUGAAUAAAAAGGUGUGUAUUGUUUUAGUUAUUUGUUACGAGUUUUCUCAUCGAUUCAAGGUUUCUAGCUUCUUAUUUUUUUUUAAUGUAUAAGGGGAGAUUGGGUUGGUAUAUUAGUGUGAUUUUGUGUAACAUUAUUGACAUGUCAUGAACGAUGAUUUGUUUGUUAUUUAUCUGUGCACUAAUAGAAAAAUGAAGGUUUUUGUC